AUGCUAUCCGUCGCCGCCGCAGCGUCCUGGCUCGGCUCCCGCCGGAUCCGCUACUGCUUGCUGCUCCUAUGCUCGCCCAUUCUAUUGCCAUGCCUCUGCGCCGCGUUCCCGUUGAUCUGCGCCGCCGAGAUCUGCCUCCGCCGCCGAAUCCGGAGACGGAAGGCCGCGCCCGGAUCCCAAGAGGAAGAGCCGCUGAGGCGAUGCGAGGAGGGCUGCGGGUGCGGCGUUGUAGAAGAGGACCAAGGGGUGGGGCUGUUGCAGCGGUACUUGGAGGAUCAGAUGCUUCUCGUUGGAUCGGUAUACGACUGCGGGGAUGAAGAUGAUGAUGGUCCAAGUGGCGGGAGCAGGACGCCUUUACUGGGCUGA